GUGCCAUAGCCAAACAGUCGGCAAACGAAACGCACCAAGAUGAUGAAGAACUACACAGCUUUGCUAUUGCUGCUGGGCGCGCUAAGUGGCGCUCUGGCCGCCAGCAAUGUGACUGCACCCAUGGAUGACUAUGUGCGUCAAAGUCAGCGCCAGUACGAUGCGCGGCUCAAGCAAAUGGAGGAUGAACUGGCAGCCUUUCGCAAGACCUAUGCCAAGCAGCUGGAGUCCAUAAAUGUGGAUACCGAACAGCUGCAGCUGAAGCUGGAGGAGACCUCGGCACGUCUGGCUCCCAUGGAGCUGAUCGAUCAGUGGCACAAGCAGUGUGUGCAAAACUAUAGCGCCACCAUACCCACCAUCUAUACAGUGCGCACUGCUCUAACCAGCUGCAAGGUAGCUGCAGAAAAUCAGAUCAACAAUGUGCUCUCCAGUGCGACGAGCAACUACAACAGCUUAAAGAGCUACUACAACAACAAUCUGCAGACUAUGCUGAAGAACUGUGAGAAGCAGCAUCCCACAUCCCAAGUCAACUACACAAACUGUGUCAUCAGCGCAAUCGAUACAACCAAUACCUAUACCAUGAAUAUGCAAAAGAGCUUUAACACCAAUAUGCAAGCAGCUGAGUGCACUGCAGACACGCGCGUUAAAACUGCCUGGGAAUGUGCCUUCAAUACCGUCUAUAGCACCAGCAGCACUUUGGGCACAUCCCUGCGUCUCAUUGAUGAUUGCAUUGCCAAUCGCCUGGCCUGCGCUUCCGUUUCCUGCUCUAGUCGCUGCAGCAACAAAAUGGCUUUGAACUUUGCCAGCGAGGAUUUCAACAACUCCACCAUAAGAAAUCCAUUCCAGGGACUCAACAGCCAAAUUGGCUGCAUGGAAGUGCUUUUCGCUCCAAAACUUUACUAAGCAAACAAAAUAUAUUUUAAUUAUUCAAGCAGCA